UUGUGCGUUAGCCACUUCGAACCCUCCAAGAACGACCUGUUUUGCCCCGGCGCUCGUUCAACCCAGCCACAGUCAAUCGAACCCAGCUUUGUUAGCGUAUUGACCGAAUUCACCACUGAGAGAGAAACUUUGGCAGCAGCGAUAAAACACGAAGGGUAAGUUUGCCAUUUAUCUCCUAGUCCUUGGCGUAGGUUUGCGCAGCUCGUCUCAAGUCCGUCAAGACUUUCGGGAGCUGAGCACCCCGGAACGUUUGCCGGGCAAGAGAAGCUUCUCUAUUGUUAGCGAUUCCCGCAUCCCGCGUCUGCCCCCGCGUUCUUCCGCCGCUUUCGUUUUUGUUUGCUUUCUGGUCUUGUCUUCUUGGCUCGGAUUAUUGGAUGCUGCGAGCUUCUUUGUAUUGCAAUUCCUCGGAUGGAAUUCCCGUCCCUUGUUCCCACCGAGUGGACAGGGCCCUUGUUGGUAUCCGCACCGGGCCGGAAAAGCGGGGUCUGAAAUGCUGCAGUUGGGAUUGGUCAAUUGCCGGAGCUUUGGGCCAGGGGUAAAAUUGAACCCUUUUUUUGAGUUUUUGCGCCUUGCUCAAAACACGUGGUUUACCGUUUAGCAGUUACUCUUUUUUGUUUUUAUUUGCAGAGGAAGGAGGGAUUGAGUUGACUGGACUGUUUCAAGCUGACAGGUGUGAUAAGUAUCAAUUUCAGGAUCCUUCCUUCUGUUGCGCGACGACUUCCAUGAGGCAGUUGCGACUCUGAAGCUAUCGUCACUGGUGACCUCCCGUUCCUUCCUCUCGAAUUUUGGCCCCGGGUGGCCCCUGUCAUCUACCCCACUCUUUCGGUCCCGUGCGCCUGGAUUGAGAUUUGCACCUGGAGGGGUCGACUUCAGGCACAGGCAGGAACUUUCUAUCGCACUUCCACUGCAGCAAGUUACACCUUCCACUGCAAUCUGAGCAUUGGGCAGCGGGCUUAUUCGUACAGGUCUGCGGGUGAGCGAAUCUUCUUUUCCUUCCAUUCAUCUUCCAAUUUAAUUUGCCCAUCUCACCCUCGUUUCCCCUUGUCAUCGUCAAAAAGUUCCUUCGAAUACGCAGUCGAGAGUGGGUGCAGGCGAGGAGCAAGCCAAAGUUGGAUGCCCAUCGUCAUACGGCACUCAUCCCUCCCUCGUCUCGUUUUCAUCCAGUCUUAUCCAACUGCGCCGUCAAUUCUCUCCAGAGUACCAUUCCCCUGGGUGCUGGACAUCAGCUAUCGUUGAGCAGACAUGGAUGGAACAUGAUUCGCCCUUGCGUCCCUGCUAUCUUGUCUGAUGUGCUAUCGGCAUUGCGCAGCCAUCCCAGUGGUGACGCCGCACCACGCAAGACGUUUCAAUGCACACUGCGAAAAGAGAGACGCAUUCCCCAGCCCAGCAGAAGGGGGGGGGGGGGGGCUUGGGGGUCAAUAAUACCAUUCUGGGGCUAAUAAUACGGCCGUUGCGCCAUGUUCAGUCACAACCACCACCUUAUUCGACAGACCACCCAAUAUUACCUUCCGGUGAGAUGAGGGAGCGCAAUCAAUAAUUCAGGUCAUACACUUUUGUCCGACUGUCCGUCAUUUUCCCAUUGACACAUACUUUCUGACUUGCCGCCUUGGCUUGGGCUACCUUACGGAAUACGGAUACCUGCCGAUACAUCUCGCUUUUUCAAGAUUCAACGCCCUUUGGCUUUGUCUUUGGGCCGCCGCCGCCGCCGUCGCCGCCUUUCUUUCACCUGUCAAUGCGACGCUGGGCAACUGGAUCAAUCUGAGCCUGACUUUUGGCUUCCCACGUCUUCCGCGCUUCCAUCGCCUUUCCCUUUUCUCUCGGCUCACUCUCAAUUUUUCUGCCUGACCCCCCUUUAUCGACUAAAUCCUUCCUCCAUCCCCGAUCUGGUCAAGGGCAGAGAGAUCAACGCCCAGAAUUAAGAGUCCUGCCUGUCAACCAUACUUUUGUCGUCACUCGGAGCAACCAAUUAAUCGAUCUGGAGUCGGACUGUGUCAAUCAUUCCGCCCAAUUCCAACCCACGCACCACUGCCAAUCACGUCCAACAACACCCACCCACCAUCUCUCUUCUCAAUCUCAUCUGAUCGAGCGCAAGGGGCGGACAAAAAGUGAAUUUUAACAAUUCCAGGGGCAUAACCACCUAUGCUUUGAGGGCAAGGCCGCAAUGCCGCAACAAUAAUUAGAAGACAACCAAGAAAACCUCGAGCACGGCCCCCUCUUGAUCUCCUCUUCUCGGUCGAUCAACGCGAGAAUCGAGACAAGACGAGACAAUCCGCAAGAAAACCAGAGACGCUAUCCCGAACACGCUCCGCUUCACCCUGUCUGCAGCUGCAGCCACCGCUGCCCGCAUCAACGUACUCGUACCAGGACGCCAGAUCCAUACCCUUUUUUUGCUUUCCUUUACACUACAUGCAGUACGCCGCCAGUACCUGACAGCUACCUCGCGACCGCUGCUGGUCAUCCUGCAUGAACACAGACGCCGGCCUCGCUGGUUCUGGACACCGGACGCUCCAGAGUCUCCCUGGCUCUAUCCACCACUCGCAGUUGGUCGCCCGCGCCUUUCCUCGUGCGUCUGCGCUCCCGUAGCCGUACCAAACCACCAUACCUUGCCAGGCACACCAGGCUUGUCGACCUUACCGACUCCGCGUACCUGCGCCAACGUCUGCUGGUCACGUUCACGUUCUCGUUCUCGCCGCCGGUGUUCAGUGCUAGCGAAAAGACGCGAGCCUUUCCAGGCCUUUCUCUACACCCGAUCCAGAGUGAGAUCCUAUCCCUUUCCUCGCCAAUCCGCCGACACUCGUGGACCGUGGUGCAGCCCGGAUCCCGAUCGACGCACGGUAAGGGGCUCGCGGCCGCCCUAGUUCACCGUUUCCAUUGUUCCUGCUGGGUCUGUCACUGUCACAGUCGCAGUCGCAGUUGCAGCUGCCACCCGGACCCUCUUCUCAUCCCAUCUCACCACCCGUUGGGUUGUUUGUACGUACAGAGUACUCUCGCUGUACGACUCUGCUUCUGGAACGGUACUGCAUCCUGCACACUGCACACUGCAGCCUUUCUGCUUGCUGCCCACCACAAGCACGCCGCCCCGACCGCCCGCCCGCCUACCGCAGCAGUCAGUCCAGCAACUGUUCCGUGCCCUCUCCUGGAUCCUGAGGCCGGUUCCGUGUCGUCCUGCGCUCGCGUGGUCUGCUGGUCUGGUUUGGGCACUUUGGUCUGGUCUGGCGUGGUCCGUCGACUACCCGUAACCUCUUUCUUUCUCCCUGCGUCGCCAUGGACGACUACGAUCCAAACUCAAUCCCCCCUAUCCCCCAGCGCUACCGGAAUCUUCAAACCCCUGAACCUCAGCCGCGCAACCGCUCUCUUCCACCACCUCCUCCGUCGCGCCACGCCGAUGCUGUUCCCAGCUCUCCCGAGGUCAUCUCUUCUCUCAUCACCAGCUUUGCCGUCAUAACCAAGCCCGCCGACCAACACUUUGAGCGCAGCACCCCGAGCUUAUCAGUUCCCGCAACCCCUCGCCAAGGCAGCUUUGGAGUCGACUACGGCGCCUUUCACCAGCCCUCACUCGAACAACUCCGGAAAGAAGACCUGCCACUCGACGAGAUCGCCGCAUCCGCCCCCGUUAUUCGAACCGCCAAACCACCCUCCGGAUUCUCGCCCUUGACCGCCCCCAAGUCCUCACCCGCUCGCGACGGAUCCGGUGGCCUCAAGUCCCUCUUGCGAAGUUCUUCGAGGCCCUCUUCCAAAGGUUCACUUGGGUCACGGGAUGAUGCGCAGAGCAUAGGCAAUCUUUCUGUAGAACGUGGCUCUGCGCCCACCCCAGAGCUCAAGAGACAGCGCUCAUUUGACAGUUGGGGUAAGAAGCAGGGUAGAAGUCACAGGGGAUUAAUGUACAUGAGUUCCAAAGAGCGACUACGAGAAAAGGAAGAAAAGAAGCGCGCGAGUAUUGGCGACCGCAGUUCCAGCAGCUUCACCGGAGCCUCCCUACGACCCGAUCCCUUCCUCGCCGAGACGCCCAUCAGCGAAGAACCCGCCUACACACCAGACUCUCCUACCCGUGGAAGCGCCCGCAAACACCACGAAAUGGCGAGCCCAGGCCCCGAAACCGCCAGCAGCCCUAGAGCGAUACCCGCGCGAGACUCGUCUCUCUUCAAGACGGGAGCGAAUGCAAAGAGAUCCUCUACGAGAUCCUCUAGAUCAAAGAGAGAAAGCGCCAAUAGCACCAACGAAAUAAUAUUUGAAGGAGAGGAACAGACCUCUUCAAGGGAGGCACCGAGGCGGAAACACUUGUCUCGCCAUGCUUCCGAAAACGACCUCGCUAGAGCAUCGGCCGACGCAUCCGGAAGGUCUUUCAGCCGCCCAUUCUUCGAGUCCAGGCAUACCGAGAACUUUCUAUCCACAGGACCGUUAUUUGAAGAAGAGGACGUGGAGGAUAGUGCACCGUUCCCCGCUGUUGCUCAAGGUCGUCGUCGGGAUGAGCAGAUCGCCGACCGGAAUAGUAGGCGCAAAUCAACACGCGAGGCCCCAGACGCAGGUGAAGCCAUCAAGAUGAAGCGCAGUAGCUCCAGACUCAAGCGGCUCUCCCAGCCGCUGAGUCCCAAGGGAGAUGAGUCGCAGGCCAGCUCACGCAACUCUGCAGCGUCGCCCGAUCCACGCAACAGCAUGCCAGCAGGGUAUGAGCGUCCCCGCAGUGCAGACUCGAUUGACGAUGCCGUUGAGUCGUACCUGUGUUCUCCUCGCCUAUCGCAAAAGAUCCGACACCCGCAAACCGGGCGUGUGAUUUCCUUCUCUGAGGUGGGAGAUGCAGAUGGCUCGGCUGUGUUUUGCUGUGUGGGAAUGGGAUUGACGAGAUAUAUCACGGCCUUUUACGACGAGCUCGCGUUGACGCUGAAGCUUCGUCUCAUUACACCCGACAGGCCUGGCGUUGGCGAUAGCGAGUCGUACGCCGAUGGAACUGCGACGCCACUCAGCUGGCCCGAUGAUGUCUAUGCCAUUUGCCAGGCGCUGAAGAUUACCAAAUUUUCGAUCCUCGCCCACUCUGCGGGCGCCAUUUACGCGCUGGCUACUGCUCUCCGGAUGCCCCAACACAUUCGGGGCAAGAUCCAUUUGCUCGCGCCCUGGAUCCCGCCGUCUCAGAUGAACGUUUUUGGCACGUCGCAGGCGUUACCACCGACCAACGCGAUUCCUACCUCGCAGCGCAUCCUGCGAGCGCUCCCGACAACCUUUUUGAAGGCUGCCAACAGCUCGUUCAUGUCUGCGACGAGUAGUUCCAUCACCAGCUCGCUGCCCAAGAACCCCAGACGCAGCAAGCGCAAAUCGACCGCGACCACUGGCCGGGACACCCCGGCGACGCAUGGGAGCAAGCGGGACACGACACCCCACCUCGACAAGGAAAACCUUGGCUUGAAUUUUGAUCGCAACAGCACAGGUGACGACCUGUCUGGUAGACCUACGCUGCCCGCCACAGAGACCAUGGAUAGAAUCAGGCCAACCGGCACGGCAUCAGCGCAAGGGCACUACGAUGCCGAUGCACAGGUCAUUGCUGCUGCGUCGGAUGCGUUGAUGGAUAAAGAACGUCAGACAAUCUACGACACGAGAUUGACGCACGCCAUUUGGGAGCUGGCCACAACAGGAGCCAACCCUGCCGUAGACUUACUGGUCUGCCUGGAACGCAGGCACACGAUCGGUUUCCGGUACGUUGAUAUCACACGGCCUGUCGUUAUACACCACGGCAGCCGUGACACCCGUGUACCGGUUGACAAUGUCAAAUGGCUUGGCAAGACGAUGAAGCGCUGCGAGGUGCGCGUUCUCGAAGGCGAAGGCCACGGCUUGAUGGCGAGCGCUGGUGUCAUGGGCGCGGUGCUCAUGGAAAUUAGCAAGGAGUGGGACGACUGGCUGCGAGCCACUUCCAAAAAGGACGACCGCGGCCGGAGAACUGGUACGCGGUAAGGGGACCUCGAUGUUGAGGUCAGGGAUUCCCCCAUUUUACGGUCACAUUUUUUUUUCUCUUUCUUUCUUUCUACCUUGGACACUUGAAUGACCUUGAACCAUUGAUGAUUUGACCUACACCUCUGAUUUAUAUCCAAUACCUACGUAGGGGGGAGUUUUGUAAUUAUUCUCAGGCGGCCCAUGUAUGAUGCGUGGUUGGAUACCUUUUUGCGUGGCAUCGGCGUCGAGCGCGUCUGCAGGCUUAGGGCGGGCUGGUUGGUUGAUUGGGAGUCAUGGGGACGAGCUUCGAAGGGGUUCCGAAGCCGUAAGGAAAAAAGACACCAGGGUCGGCAGGGUUAUUUCAUGAAGCGGCCAUUGUUGAAGAGCAUCGCUCCAUAGUAUAUAGCAGUAGUACAGCAUCGGCUUGUUUUACCGCACAGUAGCUGCGGACAAACACCGAGUAAUGUGUUAAUACGAUC